ACCAUAGAGAAAGAAAAAUGGAGUGCAGUUUUGGCAAGGGUUACUUACAAAUCGGUUUUGCAAACAAACAAAUCCCCAUUUAAAACUCUCUUUCUCGCUCUACUCUCUCUCAUGAUCAGCAUGUUUACACUUGAGGUAUGCACAAAAUACUAAUUUUUUUCACUCCCAAAAAACCCCUAUAAUUUCUCCCCUUUUGAACUCGCUAAUUAGGGCUUCUGAUCUCACUCAAGAAUGUAGGUUUUGAUUAUGCACACAAUCUGGUUGCUAUAGGCUGAACAUUACUAAAGAAUUAAACUGUUUACAUACACAAGGUUCCAUAUUCGGUGUACUCGAAAAUGAGUUCGCGGUUUCCAUCUCAUCAGUUGAAUAAUGGUUUGUAUGUAUCGGGGCGGCCCGAACAGCCAAAAGAAAGGACUCCAACCAUGUCAUCCACGGCAGUUCCUUACACUGGCGGCGACAUUAAAAAAUCUGGCGAACUUGGAAAAAUGUUUGACGUAGAAAACGCUAGUUCCCGACCAAGAAAGUCUGGACCUAUAUCUAACGCCCCGUUAAGAACUGGGUCGUUUGGUGGUGGAAACUCAUCUCAUUCCAACCAAACAUCGUCGAAUUCGGGUAACCGAAUGGGUUCAUCCGGGGCUGGUUCUGGUUCAUCGUCAAUGAAGAAAGCUAGUUCUGGUCCUUUAAAUAAACAUGGUGAGCCUAUUAGGAAAUCUUCCGGACCGCAGGGUGGAGGGAUGCCGACUUCUAGACACAACUCUGGACCCAUCCCACCGGUUCUCCCAACCACAGGGCUCAUCACAUCUGGGCCCCUGAACUCAGCUGGUGCGCCCCGAAAGGGGUCUGGUGCAGCAGAUGGUGCAGGGACGGGUAAAUCGCGAACCACCAUGGUUAAAAAUCAAGCGGUUACUUACCUUCGCCGUGAAGAUUCGAGCUUGGCUUUUGGUUUGAGUGGAUGUUGGGGAAGAAAAUCUAUGAUUGAUUUUAUUGAUGGGUAUCCUGAUGCUGAACUUAGAACCGCAAAAAAUGGACAGUUUGUCAAGGUGUCUGGGGUGGUUACUUGCGGAAACGUUCCUCUAGAAUCAUCAUUCCAGAGGGUUCCCAGAUGUGUUUAUACGUCCACAAGUUUAUACGAAUAUCGUGGAUGGGGUUCGAAACCUGCAAAUCCCACACACCGACGUUUUUCUUGGGGCCUGCGAUCCAUGGAGAGGCACGUAGUGGAUUUCUAUAUAUCCGACUUCCAGUCUGGCUUAAGGGCGUUAGUUAAGACUGGUUAUGGGAACCGUGUGACACCGUAUGUUGAGGAAUCUGUUGUUCUAGAAGUUGACCAGUCAAACAUAGAAUCAUCUCCACAAUUCCUCACAUGGUUGAGUGACAGAAAUAUCUCUAGGGAUGAUCGUGUCAUGCGCCUCAAAGAAGGGUAUAUUAAAGAAGGUAGUACGGUGAGUGUGAUGGGAAUCGUGCAACGACACAACAACGUGUUGAUGAUUGUUCCACCAUCAGACCCAGUGCCGGUUGGAUGCCAAUGGACCCGAUGCCUCCUUCCUGUGAACCUGGAGGGAAUCGUGUUGAGAUGUGAUGACUCAUCAAAGCUCGACGUCAUUCCUGUUUGAUGUUCGGUAAGCAAAACGUGGAGGGAUGGCCGUAUAUCGACUAUGUUUAAAAUAGUUGUAUAGUCUGUUUGUUCUUCUUUCAUCAAAGUAAUGGUGUUGUGUGAUAAUGGGAGUUAAAAAGGGUAACUUUUUAGACUUAAGAUGAGUUUACAGUUUCCCUUUUAUUUUUACCUUUUAUUUUCUUUCUGAGAAAUGUUUAGAGAAUUUGCACUUUUUCCUUUUAUAAUAUACAAUGAAGGCAUAAUUAUAUACUA